AUGUUAUUCAUAAGAGACAUUAAACUAGAAUAUAAGAAAGUUUUAAUAAUAGAAAAAGAAGCAAUAAUUGAUACUACAGAAUGUAAUGGUAGAUUAUUAGUUAGUGGAAAAGGAUUUCCAUGUAGAAAUACACUAUCUUUUUUAAAGUUUAUAACUUGUAAAUAUAAAUACAUUAUUCUCGAGAGUUUAACUGAUUUAGAUCCACAUGGAUUGUUAAUACAUUUGAAAUAUAUAGAAGAGAUACCUAAAAUUACGAGAAUUGGUCUAUCUUGUGAAGAUUUAUUGAAGAAUGGAGUAGAUAAACAUCAAUGUAUACCACUCACAGAAAAUGAUAAAAACAUCUUAAAGAAAUUAAUUAAAGAUAAUUUUGUGAAAGAAGAAGCAAAAUUCAUAGAAGGAUUUGGAUAUAAAUUUGAAUUAAAUCAAAAUUUAUUGUAG